AGUCGGGCGGGGCAGACGGGCAGUAGCACUCAAUGUCCCAGGACUCGCGGCCCGCAGCUGCCACAGGCACAGAGCUGGGCAUGGAGCUCUCCGGGGCUGCCUCCGCGACCGCCGCCGAGACCCCAAUUGAACGGGAGAUCCGUCAGAGCCAGGAGCGCGAAGCGAGCCUGCGACGGAGCCGGGGUUUGAGUCCUGGCUUCGCUAGUGGGGAGCUGGUGGAGCUGCGCCUCCGGCCCAUCCUUAGCCUGCUGCCGGGACCGGGGCCUGUACUGCCCCGGGAUGUGGAGCGCACUCGAGCUGGCGUCCAGAUGCAGCGCGACAUCGCGCGGGAAGCGCGCCGGGAGGAGGCGCUGGUGCUCCCGGGCCCGGGCCCCUGCGGUGGCCAGGAGAGCGGCGACGGGCAGCAGUCGCUGAGCGAGCGCAAGCUGGUUUUUGAGGCUGGGGACGCGCCUUCUCGGGUAGAGACGGUGACCCGGGGCCCUUCGUUCACUGAGGCCAGUGGCGCCGCCCAUGUGGUGGUUCUGGAGCAUCGCAGCCGGCUUCGGCCACCAGUUUUAGCUCAGGCUCCUAUUCCUGCUCCAGUUCCAGCAACGGCUCCGGCCCGAAAUCCUGCUCCAGCAGUUGCCCGGACGCCAGACCUGGCCCUAGCCCCGGCCCCGGCCCCGGCUCCGGCUCCUGCCCCGGCUCCGGCUCCUGCCCCGGCUCCGGCUCCUGCCCCGGCUCCAGCCCCGGCGCCGGCUCCGGCUCCUGCCUUGCCCCCGGCCGCGGCUUCAGCCUCUGCAGUGAGCGCACCGAUCCCGGCUCAAACUUCGGUCCCAACUGUGGCCCCGGCCCCAGAUCUAGCUUUGGCCCCGGCCCCCAUAACGACCCCCUCCCCCGCUACGGUUCCGAUUCUGACCCGUCGAGUCCAGUUGUCGCUGCUAGAGCAGGAGGUCCAAGAAGUUCAUCAGAGGGAGCGGGAGCUGCAGCGCCAGAGACGCAGCAUCUAUGGGACCUCAGAGUUCAAGGAGCCGACCCCGAGUCUCACCGAGAGCACACCUUCUGGAAAGCUUUCAGUGGUAUGGCCCCCUCGACGGAACUCGGAAAACGGCCUCGAGCAGGAUUACCACGACAGUGCCUGGCCCGUUGACAAAGAGAAGAAGAUCUUGAUCCACACUGGGGAGUCCCUCAGCCAGGAGGAAUAACUGGUCACCUGUCCCUUCUCCCUCAUUAACCUGGACUGAAGAGUCUUAAUUGGUUACACCUUCUCCUCCACUAACCCUGGCUAGGGAGUCUUAAUUGGUUACAUCCCCCUUAAAUACUUCCCUCACUAACCCUGAUUGGGAGUUUUGAUUAGUUACACCGCCACCCUUCCGGCUAAAUCUGGCUGGGGGCUUUUGAUAAACCACCUCUCCUCAAUGCUGCUGUGGCCCCCUAACCCAUCCUGGAGGGAGACAGAAUGCCUUCCUCCCCUGCCCUCUCUGGGAAACUGACCAGCCCAUAUCCAGGCUUCUGACUGUUACAUGGCUGGGGGAGAGGGAAUCUUCUUCAACUUUCUCUGCUCACUGUGCCAUUAAUAAACACUCCUUCUUUCAAGA